AGCCGCCUCCUUUCGCCCAGCCUCAACUAUAACUCAACAUGGACGAUUCGUACCAUUUUUCUUUUUGCGGGCGAGUCGAGUUAAUAACAUUACAGUGUGUUAGUUGAACGGAACGGUGUCUGGUUGCCCAGUGACGUCAUCGCCCCACUUCUGCUCCCAUUCUUUGGAGCAACAAGCAGCGGUCAGUCGUCGGUCGGUUCUGGAAGAAAUCAUCCAGGAUGCGCUCUUCUUGCACCGCAGCGUGUCAGCAGUCCUCGCUGCGUGUGAAUGCUGUGCUAAGACAUGUUGUCAAAAGCGGUGCUGUUUAAGAGAAAGAAAGAUGAUAACGUGGACUCUGGAGCUGAAAGUGCCAACUCCGACUCCAGUAGGAUGUCAACAACUACCGCUGAGCUGAUGAGCCGGCGAGCCCGCGAGCACGUCCAGCAGCGUCUCUUAGUUCUCAACCUGCAUCUGCUGGCCAACCCUGGCGAGUCUCUGCUGCUGCAGCACAGCCUGGACCGUUUGCUCCGCUGGCUCUGCCCGAGCCUCCACAUCUUCCACGUGUCUGAGAGGGCUUCACCCCAUAGAGGCCAGGCUCGUCUCGGUCCGCAAGCUGGCUCCCCUUCUCUGGCAAUCACUUUCUUUCUCCACGAGGCCUAUGGAGAAGAGCGAAUCCUCAAAGUUCUGGACUUUUUCCAGCGGCCACCCUGGCAGUACCACCACACUGAGACCUCUGGCAACAAACCAGCCGGGCUCCACAUCUCUUCUGGCAGCUCGGCCGUCAACGCCCUGCUGCGGCCCUACCUCUUGCCCAGUCGGGACUUUUACAGCCUGGGCGCGGGGAUGCCCGUGUGGGGCGUCCGCCCGGUGCACUGUGGCGGGGAGAUCCUGCGUGUGACGCUCUACAGCGCCUACGAUAACUACGACGACGCCGUGCGCUUCUAUGAGACGGUGCUGCAGCAACAGGCCGAGGAGCAGAAGACAGGCUUCUGCUGGUUCACCCUCCACACGGAGCCUGGCCUUAGCCUGCAGCUGGCAAUCAAGCAGGUGUCAGCGGGGGUCCGCGUGGAGCCAUGCAACUCUGCCGUGCUACAGUUUUGUGUGGAUGAAAUCGGCCAGUUGGUCCCUCUGUUGCCCAACCCGUGUACGCCGAUCAGCACCUCACGCUGGCAGACUGAAGACCUGGAUGGAAACAAGGUUCUCUUCCAGGUGAAAACCAUAACCCAAGCCAAGCCACCUUUGACCUGUGCUUUCCCCCUCACCUGUCCCGCCGUGCCUCCCCGGGCCAUGCAGCUGAAGAGCGGAGGACACGGCCGAAACCUUUCACCAAGCAACAACCUCCACUCUCCGCCAGCCUGGCAAAGUCACAAACAUGGCCCAAAAGUCAUGGGAGAGACCACUCCAGAGAAGCUUCCGGGGAGCCAAGGAUCAGGUAGCCGCUGCAGCUCUCCUCCGGGCAGCUCUUGCUAUUCAUCCCAGCGCAGCAGCCCGGCCCUGCCCCCUUCCUCCGAUUCCCCCCUGCGCCCCUCACUCACCCGUUCGCUGUCCGGUCUACUGCCGGAGGAGGACGAAGAGGAGGGGGAGACCAAUGUGGACACAGGGAUCGCUGUGACCGCUGACGUGACUCGCUCUUCAUCGGUGGAGCAUUUGAGUUCGUGUCAGGCUCGGACACCCUCAGCCAAAUCGUGGAGCCCCUCUUGUGCCCCUUGUGCCGACAAUGUCAGGAAUUUAAGAUCGCCCCGUGCGACUGGUUCCUGUUACGUCGAGGCCGGUGGCACUGCCGCAGUGGUUUUUGCCAACCAGCCGUCAUCGCAUGCAAAUUCCGAGGAUCCGGCCGUUGAGUUCUUCAUCUGAAGACGCCGGUAGGUAGGGGACGCAAUGGUUAAUACAGAUGACUUGGGAAGUGCCUGCUCAACUCCUGGCAGUGGCAGUUUUCAGUCCAACUUGCUCUAAUGUUAUUGUGCAAGUUAUUGUUUGUACCCUUUUCUUGCUCAAAGUCAACUGACAUCGGCUCAUCGGACCCUCAGGUUGUGACCUUAAUCAGAAGCACUAUAGAAAAUGGGUGGUCCAAGAGAUUUGGGUAGCUAGAUGGAACUAAUGAUGUGUUUGAAUGUUUUAUUCUGUGAAUAGGAAAUAAUUUCUAAACUCUUUAUAACAACAGACAAACAAAAACAGCACAGCAGCUGUGUCAUGGAAAUUAGAUAAAAGUGUUUGUACAAAAAUAAAUUCUUGCAGUAUUUGUUCUUAUAUGUAAUAAAUUGUAUUGUUUAUAUGUUUAGAUGUGUAACAUACAUUGUGAACAAAAAAUGCACCCGAUGACCAACUUUGCGGGUG